AUAAUUGAGAGUGAGACAGCUGUUCUCCCUACAGCUGUACUUACACUCUGACCAAGGCCUCACACUACACAUUACUUUAUCUUGCUGUCGCACUAGGAGCGUGUCGAGGAGCAGGAGGAAGGCUCCUCCCCGCAAUUCCAGGCAGCUCUGACGCUGUCAAACGCAUGACAUAGCCUCUCCUCUCGAUGCGCAUCCUAGCGGCUCAUUCGCUCCGCCUCUUACGCGGCUGGCCUCACCCAAGCAAAUUUCGAGCAUUCCCUCCUAGGCCUCCAUUAUUGCUGACAGUCUCCCUUCCCCGCUUUUGCCUCUUUCCUCGCUGCGCUCGUCCGCAUUCCCCGCUCCUCCGGUCAACCCGUCGUUUCCAAGGCAAUAAUUUAGUAUUGCCUUGCUAGAACUGCUUCCUCCCUACGACUUGUUCAUCCGCUUGACUCCCCGCGGACUCCCCGCGGACUUCCCGCGGACUCUCCGCGGGCUCUCCGCUUGACUCUCCGCGUCUCACGGCAGCGUCAGCGGGAAGCCUCACCUCCCGUUUUCGAUCGUCCCCCUGCUCUGAUCCGCGUUCAUGUCGGCGCGUUCUUCUAUCGCGCGCACUUCUAUCGCGCGCUCCUCUCUGGCCUUUUUCUAGUUUUGAGGAGUCUCGCGAUGCGUUUCGCUGCUCGCCCGCAUCUCCCGGCAGCAUCGUAUCUCGAUAGCGGGGGACCGCAUCCCCCUUUUCCGCGCAGUUCGCAGUGAACCUCUCCGCGCAUCCGCGUUUACUCCGUCCGCGUUUAUAGCGUCCGCGUUUAUAGCGUCCCCCGCAAACCCCGGCCGUUUCGUCAGCCUCUCGGCAGGCUGCCUCGUCCUAACGUACUUCGUCUCUCCAGCUUUCCACGACUAUGUAACACUACUACUAGUAGUAAACGAAAUCGCCUGACCUCCUCGCCCUGCUGUUCCUUUUUCCAUCCAUCCUCUCUCCUCGUCAUCGACUUCUAGUGGACGGAAUUGCCUGGCCUCCUUAUCCUCAUCGCCCUCCUCACUCCUCCUUACUCCUCCUCACUCCUCCAUGAACGCCGAGAAUCCCGCAGUUGGUUUUAUUAUUAUUUAUUACCUACUAACUGACCGAAUCUGAGCUUUAUUUUACCUUUGAAGAACGCGGGAUCGACUGUCGCGGCUCGGACGACCAGCCGACGACUGGCUGACGCUCUUUUGCCAUCCGCGCUUUUGCCAUCCGCGCUACCCGCUAACGUGACAAACUGCGGCGAAGCUCGUACCGACCUGACGCAGAGCCUUCGGCUUCCGCAAAUCGCGCCACAGGAGUCUGCUACGCGCUACUCGCUAACGACGCGUGUCGUCCGACACCCUUUUUCGCGGGUUUUUGCGGAGAAUCCGCUCUGCUUUUGAGCCCGCGUGCCGGCGGGAUUUCGCUCUGCUUUGCGUUUGACAACGGGGAAUCCGCUCUGCCUUUGAGCCUACUCGAAGAGGAAUCCGCUCUGCCUUUGAGUCUAUUCGAAGAGGAAUCCGCUUUGCUCCUUGCCCGCGAGUCACUCCGAUUCUUCCCGCCGCUCACUCCAGCCAUGGCGACUCCGGUGCCGCGCCGACCUUCCCUUCUCGCGCUCGUCACUCUCCUCGCUGUUCUCCUCCCGGCCGUCCUUGCGCGGAAGCUUCUCCAGGACAUCCUGUACACAGUCAACGAUGACGUCAUCGGCUCAUUCUGCGAGGUGAUCGUCGGCUCGCCAUCGGACCCCUUUUCUUCGGUCGAUGUCUGUCUGAAAGUGCACCAGCACCCCUCCCAGCACAACACUAUAAGCCACAUGGACUUUAUAGCCCUGGUCGAAGGGGUAACUUCUGCUUCCACCCCGUCCCCUCCCACCAUCUCCCUAACCGAAUCUCAUACAGUCACAGUCCCCUGCAAUCACUACGAAUCCGAGCCAUAUCCUUACAUUGAAGGGAGCUUGCUCUACCGAUGUGAGCAGAACAUUCCCAAGGAAGCACAGCGUGUGAUUCUAGAGGGGCUAGAUGAAAGCCCGCUUCCUAUAGUCACAUUUAAAGUGGGGGAUACUCCUGUUAGGAUAACUUUAUCCCACUCAGUGGUUAUUUACUAAGAGUGUGCUCCUACCAGCCUCUUCCCAAGCAACCUCUUCCCAGACUCGCGUGCUGCUACAGUGUCGCAAAUUUUGACGCGAAAUGUUUCAGUGCGAUUCCGCGUAGUGUGAAGUGAGCUUCGGCUUCCCGAGAUUCAGGGGCGUGUUUUGAAACCUCUUUUCAGACUAGCAGAUUUCCAGACAAGCGCGAAUCUGCACAGUUAAAUUUCGACGCCAGCUGGUUUUAUGUGGUUGAGAGUGAUGGAACGCAUAUAUGAAACGGGAGUAUUCCGAAAAUUGGUCCUGGGAACACGCUCUCAAGGUCACGCGUGAGUCUGGGAAGAGGUUGCCGGGGAAGAGGCUCGUAGGAACACGCUCGUACGUUUCUGGGGAUAGGGGCAGGGGCUGCUUUUAAAUCUGGGUGUUGUGCUGCCUUGUUCCUUCAGGCCCUUUUGUUCUUUGGGCUGUCCUGAUUUCGAUCCUGUGUUCAUUGUGCCUUGUAA